CUGAGAACCUCUGUGGUGCUCCUUCUUGUGGCUUUGCUUCCCUGUAAGCCUGUCAAUGACAGAGCUCUGGCUUUUUACAGCGCCUAGGCCUGCUUAUGUCUGUCAGUUAGAAAGCAAAAGCCAGCCUUCCUCCGAGCCCCUCAUGUUGCUGGUUUUGUCUUACAGGCCCAGCCACACUGCCUGUGUGAUGCUGCUUGGUGAAAAUAAGAGCACAGAACAUGUCAGCUCAGGUGCUUGCAGCACUGCUCUGCAAAGAAGGGGACCACCAUCUUGCCCAGCAAGAGCUACCGAUAGCCACUGCUUUCUACAUGGCUGCCUUCAGCUGCAGUGCCCCCACGGCAGUACAGAAAGUGAACUCCUUAGACAAAGGCCUCUGGGAGAAAGUGAUAGUCACUCUGGAGAUGUGGUGCCAAGGCAAGAACCAGAUUCCCAAGAUCCAGAGCAAGAACCUGGCUGUUGUCUCCCUCAGUGUGGGAAUUGCAGCCAUCUUUCUCUCCACCCUAAGUCCCAACAACGUGGUAUCCUCAGUAUACAAACUAGAGACGCUGCUCAGGCGAGGGUGCUCAGAGGAGGUGGUGAGUAAAUGCAACAUCCUGCUGGAGGCUCACCCAAAGUACUCAAUGGAGCUGCUGCUGCUGCGGGCGUUGGCAUUGGUGCUGUCAGGGACACAAGUCAGAAAGGGAAUUGUGGAUUAUAUCCAAGCCUUUGCAACGCAUAGGGCUGAGGCAGUGGCCUAUGUGUGCACCAGGCAAAGGGAUCACCUGCCACAGGUCAUCCAGGCCUUCUCUAAUUAUCUCUUAACAUAUCAGGAGGAAAGCCCAGGCAGCAGUUCCUUGGACCAGUGGCUGGGCAACUGCUAUGACUUCCUGGCUGCACUGGCACCGGAUGAUAUUUGGGUGUGCGGGGUGCAGGCAGCUUACCUCUUGAAGAAAAGCAAAUUUGAGGAGUGUGUGGCAGUUUGUAGCAAGGCCCUCAAGGGUUUCUCAUCUGAUAAUAAUCUGAGAGAUGAGAAAGCUUUGGGUCUGCUCUUGGAACGGGCUGCUGCUUAUUUCUUCUUGGGUGGAAGGAUGCAAGAAAUGGUGCAGGAUUUAGCAGAAGCCUUUGCAGCAGCACCUGCCCAGGCAAUGAAACAUUUUAAAGAGCUUUUCUCUUCACACGACACUGAGAGGAUAGAAAAGCAGGCUAGAACUGUCCUGGAGAUGAAGUUUGCAGCCUACAGGGAGGCUGUGCGUACUCGGACUGAACUCAGAGGCAAUCAUGGUACUGAACUGCUCCCUUCUGUUAUCCAGACAGUCCAGUUCCUCCUCCAGAUCUCCCCAGGCUCCAAACGUGAACUCAGUGUUCGGCUGGCUGACUGCCAUCUCCUGCAUGGACACAUUGGGACUGCCCGGGAUAUCUGUGACCACCUCUUGACAGCAGAGCAGAAAACUUACUAUAAUACUCUCUUAGCAUUGCGAGGAUUCUGCUCCCUCCACACUCAGGACCAUCAGCAAGCCCUGCAGGACUUUCAGAGGGUCAUUGAACACCAUUCCCCACAUCCUAACAGCUGUAUUAAAGCCUUAUGUGGGCGUGGACUUACCCGGAUUUCUGGUGGCAGCAAUUACUUGACAGCCCUGGAUUACAUCACAGCUUGUCAGUUAAAGCUGGAGGAAACCAUCUUCACAAUCAAGUCCUAUGUGCCGUGGAACCAAAGAGGACUGCUGCUGAAAGUCCUCCAAGAGGAAGGGCAGAAGAUGCUCCAGAUGAAGAGAGAUGCCCCUGGGGUUUACCAGCUGGCUUCCCUCUUGGUGGAGCUGGACACUUCUGAUGAAGCAUCACGGAUCCUUUGUGCCGAUGCCCUGUACCAGAUAGGCCGUGCAGAAGAAGCUCACAAGCUCCUCUUGGUAGCACUCUCCAGAAAUCCACAGCGGUCUCCCAUCCUGGCUAGACUCGCCCUUCUGCAAUUGAAGAAAGGUUUCAUGUAUGAUGGCAACCAGCUGCUGAAGAAAGUGAUCAGAAUAGGAGAUACCUCCUGCCUCCUGCCAAUCAUGGACAUUUUCAAAGAUGAAGACAGGAAGCUGAUGCAAACUCACUGCCAUUUCAGAGCACUGGCUAUCCUGAAGAGCAAACAGGAGGAUGCUGACCUCAAAGAGGCCAUUGCCUACCUUUCAUUUGCCAUUAUUGCUUCAGGGGGUUAUGCUGAAGAUUGCCUUCUCAUCAGGGCUCAGUGCUAUGGGCACCUUGGUCAGAAGAAAACUGCCAUUUUUGAUUUCAAUGCUAUCCUAAAGGAGGACCCUAGGAACGUGCAAGCUCUGAGUGGACGAGGAUUCAUUUACCUUGCUCUGAAGCAGCAGAAGGAAGCAGUGCAAGAUUUGAUCUCAGCCCUGAAGGUGGAGGCAGGAGCUGUGAUCCCAGCAAUCCUGGCUUUAAAGCACGAAGCCCAAGGUUUGAUCACUCAGUGGCUCCUUCAGUAUGGCAGGGCUGCAUUAAUUGAGCUUGUUGCUACUAAAGACCUUUCAAAAGAAGAAACCCACAGGGAUCUUCUCAUGCUUGCAAAAGCACUCAUUAAAAUUGACAGGGAUGCACCAUACCACAUCUUCUACACAGAUGUUUUAAUUGCAGAUGGAAGGUAUGCAGAGGCCCUGAAACACCUCCAGGAAGCAUUUGGCUGCUCUCUUGCUGAUGACUUUGCUCGUGCAAGGCUGGCGGUGCUGCAGCUGAAGAGGAGGAAUGUGACAGCAGCAGCUCACUCAUUCAGUGUCCUGGCUAAGAGAGAUGAAAGGGAGCUGGGGUUUCUCCUGAACUUCACAGACGCUAAGCAACGGCAGCACCUUGCUCAGGUAGCAGCCCAGCAAGGAAAUGUGCUGAUUAAAGAGCAUAGCUAUGAGAAGGCUCUUGGUUAUUAUACCCUUGCUGCUUUAGCAACCAAAGAUAGCCCAAGGUAUCUUCGACAGAGGGCUGCUUGCCUCAUGCACCUGAAAAGAUACGACAGAGCUUUACAAGACCUGGAGAAGGUGAUCCAGCAGCACAGCCGGAGCAGUCUGCAAACACGCGCUGAGGACCACUGCUCCAAAGGACACCUCCUGCUGUCAGUGGCUGAGGAGGAAGCAGCAGUUAAGCAGUAUAUCGAGGCACUGAAGCUGGAUGAAUCUGUGGCAUUAUGCAGCAUCAUGAAUGGCCCUGGCAGUGAAAUGUUAACCAAAGCAUUUCUUAAGGUUGCCCAAUAUCACUUUGAAAUGCAGCAUUAUGAGGAGGCCUGGGAGAUCACAGCCUAUGGGCUUAAAAUUGAUAAAAAUGCUGAACUGAAAAAGCUGAAAACAAGACUUAAGCGAGAGGCAUCCAGCUGUAGCAUACAUUAAUGCAUGUGUUUGGGGAUGUGUCUGAUUGCUUUCCAGUUUGUGAGGCUGCAAGAACAAGGGAAAGAUGAAAAGCUCGUGCUAAACAUGCUAUGGACAUGCCACUGAACAUAAUACAGCAAGAUUAGAAGAGAGAGUUUCAGGCAGUGAAACUAAACUGACCAGGAGAGUGCUAAGAAAAAUGCAAAUUGUAGUAUUCAGUAAGCCUUUAAAAUUGCUGUGGGUGUAUGUAAGCUCCCCUGGGAAGAAAGUGUUUUGUCUGGAUAAGGUGAUCUAAUUCUAACACAUGGGUUCCAACCAUAGUGAAGGAAAAUGAACAGCUUGCAGCGUAGGAAUAAUCACCAUGUAUUUCCUUGCUAUUUGAUCCAUUUUACACAUACUGUUCUAAUAAGUACUCCCAUUUUCAUGGGCCACUCAAAAAGAGCUGUCAAAACUAACUUUUGUAAUGUAAUUAUGAAGAACCAUAUGUGUUACAGCACUCAGCUGUGACCUGCUCUGGAAUGGAGCUGCCCUUGUCAUCAUCCAGUGGAUUUGCAACCAUCAGCACCAGUACAGGGGACUGGAGCAGUACAAAUGCCAAGCAAGCAGUUUUUCUGUUCCAGCAAAUAUAGGUAAUACGAAGGAUGAGACUCAGAGAUUCAAUAUCCAAUCUAGUGACUAAUGCAGUGUUAUAUGGGAUACACAAACAGCUACACUACAGACUUCACUUUGGACUACCAGAUCCCUGUGUCUGUUACCCUGGGCUCUCAGCAGGGGCGCCUACUUGAUAUCAUCUGCCCCAUCCUGGAUAGUCAUGCAGAAAGGACAGCACUGGAGCAUGGGGUAAUUGAGAAGUGAUCAGUGUACAAGGAGGAGGUUAGGGCUGGAGGCAGCAGCCAAGAUGGUAAUGUGGUUCAGCACUCAUCCUUCACCAUCUAUGCUGCACAGCACAGGAAUCAGCAUCUCACCUGCCCUGGAGGGUUCUGCCUGCCAUAGCUUCACCUCCAUAUGGAAAGUGAGACUCAGGGGGCACAGAGAUGGUGCUGAUAAACCCACAGGGUUUCAUCUGUGCAAAGGGAGACCACAGCUUCAGUUGGAAGCAGUGUGCCUGUGCUGUACAAAAGGAAACAACGAGGUGGGGCCCAAAGCAACAGGCUUGUGUUUGUUUUCACUGCUCCAACUGACUUCUCCCAGUGUUUAUGGAGUGUGAUAAUACAACCAUGGAGAAAAAUAGAAACUACUGUUGAAAACAAAGGUUAAAGCAAUGCUGAGACCUGCUCUCCUGCUUUGAUUGGGAUGAAAGGGAAAGGGAACUUUUUCUUUUUUGUUGCAUUGUUUUCUGAAAGGCAACAUUCCAGAGGGAAACUUCAUCCAGCAGCCAUGCAGUCAACCCAAUAAGCACUGAUACCAUCUCUGCCCUUGCAUCUUUUUUGUUUCUCUGCAUGCUCUUUUGUUUUUUCUUCCCUAAGAGCACAGGUAAGGCUGGGCUGCUUUUUCUCUUAAAUUCAAGGAGUUACUCUGAUUUAAUCCUAGUGACACAGAUGCUCCUAACUUCUUUUUGCUCCUAACUGGCAUCAAGAUGCUACUGGAUAGUUUCCAACUGC